AUGACGCAUCCUGAUUGGUCACAUCGUUACAGCAGCCUUCACCUAGCGUCCAGAAAACUCCUCACUGAACGCAUCCGACAUCAUCGCAAAAUCAAGGCCACCUCCACGUCCGCCAUCAAUGAUCUCCACACCUCCCUCAGUUCCACCCUUGACCCAGAACUCUUCUCUUCCUUACGAACUGCCCAGACUACCGCCAACAACAAACUAGACACCUCAACUAAGACCGGACACAUCAAGAAACUACAAGAACUCACUGCCUCAGGAACCAAACGCAAGAAAACCACAGCACCAACUAUCAACAACACAGUCGUCAACCUUAGCAAGAAACAACUCACCAACCAACAGGUCAGUACCCUUGCCAAAGGUCUCAAAUUUGCCCCUACAUCACCCAAAAUCAACUCGGACAUGUUUAUCGCCAACAUUGAAAAGGGUCUCCAACAACUUGCACCCGGUGGAAAGGUUGACUUCCUCCGACACCAGAUCACCAGUAUUCUCCACAAAGCCCAGCCUCAGAAACCAAACAUCACACCAGCUGAGAAACAAGCCAUCAGACAACUUAAACAACAUCCUGAUAUUGUCAUCGCCCCAGCCGACAAGGGCAGAGCCACUGUUGUCUUAGACAAGGACCACUUCCACUCCAUGGUGGAUAACCUCCUAGAUGACACCUCAACCUACCAAAUGAUGAAGAGGGAUCCGACUACAAAGCUCAACCGUCAGCAUAAGGCCACGCUAAAAACGCUGCAUGAUAAAUAUGAACUCUCAACAGACCUGUAUCGUAAACUCACAGUAUCUCACCCCCAGCCACCUUAUGCCAGAGCAACAGUCAAAAUCCACAAGAACCCCGUUAAAACUCGUCUACUAGUCUGUUCCCGUGACACUGUAUUCUACAGUACUGCCCAGCACCUUACCCAAGUACUCUCCCCAUUAGCUGCUGCUAGUAUCAGCCAGGAGAUAAAUAGCAGCUCCUAG